AUGACGUCGAUUGUCCGAAGGAGGUUGUUUGGAGCACGGUCUCUCAAGCUUGUCUCGCUUCACCUGGCUGGGCAGCAGCGACAUGUGGUUGCAAGAGCCGCGCAACUUGCUGGGGCGCAGGGGCCCAUCGAGGAGUUGCGAAGUGAUGUUGCCAGAAGGUUUACGCAGGCUGCGCGGGGAACGCCGCCGAACAUCAGCAGCGGCCAGCUUGUUCAACUCCUCUUCGAAGUCGGAGUCGUUGAUGUCAAGACACACACGGUUGGCGAAGUCGUAAACUUCCUCAUGGAGCAUGGCUUUUAUCGUCAAACCCAUCCUCAGAAGCGGGACUCCUAUGGUCCAGCACCGCCACCCAAGCUUGGGCUGACGGAAGCCCAGCGCUGGGCUACCCUCCUCUUCUUCAGGCGCAUGCAGCAAAAGCCCCGAGCACUUCAAAAGGCCAUCACCACACCGAUCUGCGGGAGCGCCUGGUGUUCAUGUCCACCCGGGGCAGCUGGAACAGAUCUUUGCGCCCUGAGCAAGAAGAACUGA